CUGCGGCGGCGAUGCCACCGCCGCCGCCCCAAAACCCAGUGGUGGCGCAACCAGGAGGGGCGAUGGUGCAAGGAGGAGUGGAAACACAAGGAGGAGCGCCACCGCAAGCCGUUGCACAAGCUCCCAGUCAACAGAUGGUGACGAUGACCAGGGAGGAGAUGCAGAGGAUAAUGGCAGCCGCGGCGGCGCAGGCGGUGCAGCAGGUCACAAGCCAUACAUCUCGCGCCACUACCGCGCCGACCACUGUAGUAGGAGGCCAGGACAAGAAUGUGUCCAGUUAUGGAGAUGGAGGAGGUGGAAGAAAUCGUAUGAUGGAGAGCUUGGCGGAGCAGUUGCGCCAGUUGCAGGAUAAGGUUGAAGGGAGGCCAGAGAGAAGAGCUCUAGGACAUCCUUUCUUGAGGGAGAUUCUCGCUGCUCCCUUACCGAAUAAAUUCAAGGAGACUAAUUUGGUGUAUGACGGGUCAUCUAACCCAUCGAGGCAU